GAGAGGAGGAGAGGAGGCGGCGGCGGCGGUGCCCCGCUCUUGCCAGGGAGCGACUGGAGGAUGGGAGCAAGCAGCCGCGCCGAGCCAAAGGGUGGCAGCAGCCCCAGCAAGCCGGGAGCUGCCUCGGCCGCCGCUUGAUUCCUUCGGCGGGGAGAAAGAGGGAAGAAGAGGUGGCGGCGGUAGCAGAGGCAGCGGCGCUUUCUCGCUCUCCGGCUUCAGUGUCGGAGCUGCCGCCGCCCUGAGAGCGAGGAGGAGCCAAGCAGCGGCUGGCAUGGAGCGGAAGAGCCCCGCUGCUGCGGGGAAGCAGAACCCGGGCAGCCGGGCACCAGGGGACGGGCACUGCGCCCAGGGCAGCGGCGGGUCAGCGGCGGCCGCCCAGCUUCGGAGCAGCGGCUGCGGCCAGCUCUCCGCGCCCACCGCCGCUUCUCCGGCUGCCGAGCCCGAGCAGCUGAUCCGAAGAGCGCUGGAUUUCAAAAGCCAAGGCGCUCAGUGCUACAAGGAGAAGAAGUGCCGGGAAGCCAUCGGCAAGUACCACAGGGCGCUGCUGGAGCUGAAGGGGCUGUUGCUGGCCCAGGAAGACUCCGAGGACGCCGCUUCGACCGCCUCUACCGGGGGGGCUACCGGCCUGGGCAAACUGUCCGAGGAGCAGAGGCAACUGCUGGACAGCAUCGAAAUCGAUUGUUACAACAGCCUGGCAGCCAUCAAGCAGUUUCCACAGAAGGUUGUGGAGAAUAAAAGGGUUAAGAAUCUGUGGGAGUUUCGGAUCCAGAUGGACAGGCAGGCACUAGAUAACCAACCAGGCACUGUAGUAGUAGACAAAUUAAUAGACAAAGACCAGAAGAGAGCAGCAGUGAUAGAUCAUGUAAUGGUGCCAAAUAACAACAACACCAGGAAGAAGAAGUCCGGGAAGUCUGAGAAGCGCCAGGCCUGGAGAAGGAACUAG